UGUCUUCUGUAUCUGUCCCCAUGUAAAUUGUAAAACCCCACCACAGCAUAUUCUCCUUUUGCAUUCACUUAUUCAGUUUUCUUCUUCUUCUUCUUCUUCUUCUUGUCCUUCAUCAACCAUGUCUUCCAUGCUCUGCUCACAGGGAGUGGUUCUAGCCACUGCCAUGGCUGUCUCCGGCACCGUAAUUCUCCUCGCUCUUCGUCUUCAAAAAUCUCUCCCUGCGUCCCUUUUACCCGUUGACCAAAUUGCAGAGUCUUCACAGCAAGUUCUUCGCUCUUGUAUCUCCUCAGAGGGGAAGAAGAAGAAGAAGAGGGUGCACUUUGCAGAGGAUGUGGUGGAUCCAAGAGGGAACGGGGAAGAGUUCAGAAGGCAGCGUGGUACCAAUAUUGUUCUUGGCAAGAAUUCAUCUUCUUCACCAAAGUUCAACAAAAUUAGCGGCGGUGGCAGUGGUGGUGGUGCUAAAGGCAGAGGAAUGCCAGCAAAUAGAGCGGCUCUUUACAAUGGGAUCCUGAGAGAUCGUGUAAUUCACCGACUGGCCUAUUCCUAUUGAUUGAUCGUUUUUGGUGUACAACAUUUUGUGUAGCUGAGUGAUUUUUAGUCCAACACUGUACAUAAUCUUCUUUCCUCUUUUCUCGUUACAAGUUGGAAGGAUGAAUGGGCCCCACAGUUCUGUACCCGUCAUCGUUUCUCAUCAGCUAAUUAAUUGAUGGCGAAUCCUCUUUGUUAUUUAGCAGGGGAUUUUCUCUGUAAUUUCUCAGGGUAAUCUAAUUGGAUUUUCUCUACAAGUUUUUCUAA